CCAGUCCCCGCCCAUCGCUGGUCACGUGUCGGCGCGCCCUGUGGAGUGGGAGCCAACGGUCGGUGCUGAUUUCCGGUGCGGGGCGGAAAGUUUCAGCUGGAGGCGGCUCGGGACCAUGGACAGCCAGGGCAGGAAGGUGGUGGUGUGCGACAACGGCACCGGGUUUGUGAAAUGUGGCUAUGCUGGCUCCAAUUUUCCAGAGCACAUCUUUCCAGCGCUGGUGGGCCGUCCGAUUAUCCGCUCCACUGCCAAAGUUGGGAAUAUUGAGAUCAAGGAUCUGAUGGUGGGGGAUGAAGCCAGUGAGUUGCGUUCUAUGUUAGAGGUUAACUAUCCUAUGGAAAAUGGCAUCGUUCGAAACUGGGAUGACAUGAAGCAUCUGUGGGAUUAUACGUUUGGCCCUGAGAAGUUAGAUGUGGACUCUAAGAAUUGCAAGAUUCUUCUAACUGAACCACCAAUGAACCCCACAAAGAAUAGAGAGAAGAUAAUAGAGGUGAUGUUUGAAACAUACCAGUUUAGUGGAGUCUACAUUGCUAUUCAAGCUGUACUCACACUGUAUGCUCAAGGUUUACUGACUGGUGUGGUUGUGGACUCGGGUGAUGGAGUGACACACAUCUGUCCUGUGUAUGAAGGGUUUUCACUGCCACACCUAACGCGGAGGCUUGAUAUUGCUGGCAGGGAUAUUACCCGAUACCUCAUUAAGUUACUCCUUCUGCGAGGCUACGCCUUCAACCACUCGGCUGAUUUUGAAACCGUUCGCAUGAUGAAGGAGAAGCUGUGUUAUGUGGGAUACAACAUUGAACAGGAGCAGAAGCUGGCAUUGGAAACUACUGUAUUAGUGGAGUCCUAUACGCUUCCAGAUGGCCGAGUUAUUAAAGUUGGAGGAGAGCGGUUUGAAGCUGCUGAAGCCUUGUUUCAGCCUCAUCUCAUCAACGUUGAAGGUGUUGGUGUGGCUGAGUUACUUUUCAAUACUAUCCAGGCAGCUGACAUUGAUACCAGAUCGGAAUUCUACAAGCACAUUGUCCUCUCUGGUGGCUCCACCAUGUACCCUGGUUUACCUUCACGCCUGGAACGUGAGCUCAAACAGCUGUACCUUGAGCGUGUACUUAAAGGAGAUGUCGAGAAACUUUCUAAAUUCAAGAUUCGCAUUGAAGAUCCACCUCGGCGCAAGCACAUGGUGUUUUUGGGUGGAGCUGUCCUAGCAGACAUCAUGAAGGACAAGGAUAGCUUCUGGAUGACCCGUCAGGAAUACCAGGAGAAGGGCGUGCGUGUGUUAGAGAAACUUGGAGUGAAUGUUCGAUAAACUAACACAUUUGUUCCAACGGUUCUUGCUGCUUUUUUUUUCUUGCUCAUCUUUAAAUCGUUUGACUAUCUGACAUGAAUAGGCUUCUGCCCUUUGACUCCUGGGGGUCAGCUUUUGUUCACUGGUACUGCUGGUUUCCUGGGAGAGCUUUGUUUAAUGUUUGUCAACUUGCCUAAAUUUAAAAGCAUUUAACUUGACUAUUUCCUUACAAACAAAAAAAGGCCAUGUGGGGUUUGGGAUGGGAUUGAGAAGGGCCUGUCUGCUGCAUUGUGACAGCUCUGUAGGCACUUGGAGGGCUCCUGUAGGCUUUAUUUGCAUCCAUAGCAUUGGACUGCUAACUCUGUCUGCAGAACACCAGGUGGUUUGAUGCUCUGGCUGAGAGGAGCUACUACAUUCAUUUAAAGAAAAAAGCAGCUUUCAUUGCCACUAUAUUGCAGUGGUUAGCACUAUUGACUUAAUGAUUUUUAACGUAGUUUCACCUUCAGGAAGUGGGGCCAGAGUAUAUUGUUAGUGUCAUUUUUGUUUUCUUAACAAAGUCUUCAUUGUAGUGUCCAGGGAUGCGCAGUGGUAGUCGAUUAUUAAAUUCGGUUCCAAGAUUUUUCUGUUGUGGGAUGUUUAAAUGGUAAAAGCCAGCUAGCCUAUUUAACUAUGUAUGUUGCUUCCUCUUUGAAACCGUGGUAUGCAGUGAUGCACAUUUCUGAUACGAUACAAUAAGAAAUGUGGCAAUGGACGUACAAAAUACUCUUCAUUUGGCGCAAAGCUGCAGCAAAAAGAAAACUUGUUCAGCCAAAAGGGACUGGGUUCCCUUGUGUUAGGUUUAAACUUUGUAGCUAUGUUAAACUAAAAUUAAACCUAUAUUAUAUAAAUAUAUAUAAAAUAUGAAAAGCUAGAACAUAUAAAUUGAUAGAGCUGAUAUUUAAGUUGAUCAGCGCUCAAUUGUGUCUGAAGCGCUUCAUGUUGGAACUCAUUAAAUAUUAAAGAGAAAUUUUUUAAAAAUGCAGCGUAUACGGUUGCCCAGUGCCAGAAGAGUCGUCAUAACUGGAUCUUUUUUUCAUAUCAACUGCAUAAAUCAAAAUAAAGCAAAGUGAUUUGUAGAUAAUUGUGCAUACAUUGUUUAGAUUGGUGUCAUUGUGUAGGGUGAGAUGGGGCAUGUAAUGUUUCAGUCAUAGAAUUGGGAACUGGGUGCAGAUGGAGCCCACUCAGCCCGUCGUGCUUCUGCUGGUACUAAUCUGCUGAUCUGAACUAUCCACUGCACUUUACCUGUAACUUUUAAUAUUUGUUUUUCUUCUAGUUUAUCCAACUGUCUCUUAAAUGCAAUCGACUUGGCUUCAGUAGUUACCUGUAAAAUGCAUUCCAUCUCCUAAUGACCUUAUUGUGUUGGGGUGGUGGUGGGAGGGAAGAGAUCCUUCAUACUGCAAUUCCUAUAGAACCAAACAGUGUAAAUGUUGGUGCCAAACUUCUCAACUGUUAUCUGCCAAAUUUCAAUAAUAAAACUUGCAGCCUUGGGUCCCUAUCAAAUAUGUUGAAAGGCUUGGUGUGCCUGCCUGUAACAUACAAAUCUAAUAUGAAGAGGGUGUGUGAUCUAUUUUAGAAAAACUGAAUGAGUGGCAUACAAGCUAUUUGGAAUGUCUUUAAGAAAACUCAAAGCCAUUCAGAGUCCCCUUCAACUUAUUUUAAAGAGAUGUUAUCUGACCUGGCAGCUCUAAAUAGCUGAAUUAACAAGGACCAUACCUGCGUAACGUUCUUCAAUUAUCUUGGAUCUUUAAUAAAGUUUAAUUAUGGGUUACCCUCAUUAUCCUCCUUGCUUGAACCAGCACUGUGUUUCAGAAUGAAUAAACUGGUGAGAGUAUUGUAUGAACUUCAGUUUUUAAUGGUUGCUCUGUUUCUUAAAAAUGUAUUGUGCAACUUUCAGAACCAAAAGUUGAGCAAACAACUUGUGUAAACGGUUGCUAUUAAACUAGUGCAAAGUUGGCCACA